AUGAACAAGUUGUAUGAAAGAGAAGGUUGUUCAGAAUGCAAAGAUUUAGAAGGAUUCUGCCGACAAAAAUGUGAUGUUGCAAUAAAACGUGCAAAUAGUACAAUUGAUGUGGAAGAAAUUUUGAAUGAGCUCAGUUGUUUAUAUGAAAUCAAUUUACAUGCUUUUGAGAACUGCUAUAUCUUCGGUAUAUCUCAAGAUCCUGAAACCAAAGCCUAUUUGAUCGUUUUACCUUUUGCAGAAAACGGCGACUUACGAAGUUAUUUGCUAAAAAACCCUGAAAUGAAAUGGCGAAACAAAUUAAUCUUAAUUUACAGAGCUUUAGAAACGUUAUGUUUGCUUCACGAUGAUGGAUAUGUGCAUAGGGACAUGCACAGUGGUAAUAUAUUAUGUAAAAAUGGCGCAAAAGCCGAAAUCGCAGAUUUCGGUCUUUCCUUAUCACUCAAAGGUCAUACAAAAGAAUCAGGGAUAUAUGGCGUAUUACCUUACGUGGCGCCAGAGGUUUUAUGUGGUAGUCAAUACUCUCAAGCAAGCGAUAUAUACGGCAUCGGUAUUGUACUAUCAGAAGUGGCAAACGGUGGGAUACCGGUUUUUUCAGGUGUUAAAUUCGAUUCGAAUCUAGCAAUGAGCAUCUGUCAAGGUUUACGUCCUUCUAUCCCUGACGGGACACCCAAAGAAUACGUAGAACUCGUCAAACAAUGCUGGGAUGCUGACCCUAAAAAACGACCGACUGCUCGUCAAAUAAGCGAACAAAUAAAAAACUUUUGGUCAAAUGCGAAAUGCUUGGCAAAAUUUGACCAAGCUGAUGGGAUUGCUAAAAGAGAAUGCGCCAAUCGAAAAUUAGAUUCUUUUGAUCCGAUUGAUCCGAGUAAAACACAUACGAGCACAUUACUUAAAUUCGAUAAUCUUCCAGAACCAACAAAUAGUUCACAAAUUUUUUCUAUGGAAUUACAAAUUUCGUCAAACUUGGAUUUUGAUUACGAUUAA